ACGUGACGUCACAAGUCGAGUUCCUAUGCCUUGUCAAGCCAAGAUGGCGUCGAAGAAGCUGGCUUCAAAUCCGACUUUCCUCUCGGAUCCCGACGUCUGUGAAGGAGGGAGAGAGUUGUUUGAGGCUUGUCGUAAUGGAGAUGUGUCUAAAGUCCGUAAACUUGUCACUAAUAACUCGAAUGUGAACGUAAGAGACACUGCUGGUCGAAAAUCUUCACCUCUCCAUUUCGCCGCUGGAUUUGGAAGAAAGGAAGUUGUAGAAUAUCUACUACAAUGUGGUGCUGAUGUUCAUGCGAUGGAUGAUGGUGGACUGAUCCCCCUCCAUAAUGCUUGCUCAUUUGGCCAUGCUGAAGUUGUCAGGAUCCUCCUUUCUCAUGGUGCUGAUGCUAAUGCUAGAGAUAACUGGAAUUACACCCCCCUUCAUGAGGCUGCUGUCAAAGGCAAAGUAGACGUCUGUGUUGUAUUACUGCAGCAUGGGGCGGACCCUAAUAUCAGAAACACAGAUGGCAAGACAGCGUUAGAUGUUGCUGAAGCUGCUGCUAAACUGGUUUUAACAGGUGAUUACAAAAAGGAUGAGCUAUUAGAAGGGGCAAGGAGUGGUAAUGAAGAAAAGUUGAUGUCACUUCUGACACCACUAAAUGUCAACUGCCAUGCAAGUGAUGGUCGCAAGUCAACGCCCCUACACCUUGCGGCAGGUUAUAACAGAGUUGGUGUGGUGCAACUGCUUUUAAAGCACGGAGCGGAUGUCCAUGCAAAAGAUAAAGGGGGACUUGUGCCAUUGCACAAUGCUUGCUCCUAUGGACACUUUGAAGUCACAGAACUGCUCAUAAAGCAUGGUGCGAGCGUCAAUGCUAUGGACCUGUGGCAGUUCACGCCUCUUCAUGAAGCUGCAUCUAAAGCAAGGGUUGAGGUGUGCGCUCUUUUGUUGGGCCAUGGGGCGGACCCCACCCUUCUAAACUGCCAUUCCAAGAGUGCAAUUGAUGCAGCGCCUACCAAGGAAUUGCAAGAAAAGCUUUUAUCUGAAUUCAAAGGGCAUCAAAUUCUUGAGGCUGCCAAAGGUUGUGAUACAGCCAAGAUAAAGAAACUGAUAACAACAGAGACUAUCAACUUUCAGCACCCACUGACCCUGGACACUCCAUUGCAUGUUGCAGUAGCAUCGUCCUCACCCAAAAAGAAGGGUGUCAUUGAGACUUUACUUAAGAAGGGUGCUGAUCCAAACUUACAAAACAAGAGCUCCUAUGCACCUCUACAUGUUGCAGCUGAGAAAGGCCUGUUUGAAGCCAUGGAGCUGCUGCUCAAACAUGGAGCAAAGGUUAAUGCCAUUGACAGCGCAGGUCAGACAGCACUUCAUGUUGCAGCCAUUGCUGGCCAAGUCCAAGCAUGUCGUGUUCUCAUGUCCAAUGGAGCAGAUCCCACAUGCCAGACAUUUCAGGGCUAUACAGCAUUUGAAGUUGCACCAGAACCAGUGCAAAAGGUGUUACAUGUCAAUGAAGAAUCUCCGUCCCCUGUGUCCGAUGCAGAGAAACAAUUAUUGGAGGCGGCCAAGACUGGGGAUCUGGAGACUGUCAAGAAUCUGUGUACAGCCCAGACAGUGAACUGUAGAGACCUUGAUGGCAGGUGCAGCACCCCACUACACUUUGCAGCUGGAUACAACAGAGUGCGGGUGGUAGAGUACCUGUUGCUUAAUGGUGCUGAUGUACAUGCCAAGGACAAGGGGGGACUUGUUCCACUGCACAAUGCUUGCUCAUAUGGACAUUAUGAAGUUGCUGAGUUGCUUGUUAAGCAUGGAGCUAUAGUAAAUGUUGCUGAUCUGUGGAAGUUCACACCCUUACAUGAGGCUGCUGCCAAGGGGAAAUAUGAGAUUUGCCGGCUCCUCCUCAAGCAUGGGGCAGAUCCACAAAAGAAAAACCGUGAUGGCUACACUCCGCUUGACCUAGUAAAGGAGGGAGACUCAGAUGUUGCUGAUCUUCUGCGUGGUGAUGCCGCACUGCUGGAUGCAGCCAAAAAAGGCAACCUGAUCAGAAUAACGAAGCUUGCAACACCAGAGAACAUCAACUGUCGGGACACUCAAGGGAGAAAUUCAACCCCACUACACCUAGCCGCCGGGUACAAUCACCUAGAGGUGGCGGAGUAUCUCUUGGAGCAUGGAGCAGAUGUCAAUGCCCAGGACAAGGGUGGUCUUAUACCGCUUCACAAUGCCUCGUCAUAUGGGCAUGUAGACAUUGCUGCAUUACUCAUCCGCUACAACACAGAUGUGAAUGCUACGGACCGAUGGCUCUUCACACCACUGCACGAGGCAGCACAGAAAGGGAGGACUCAGCUUUGUGCAUUACUACUUGCACAUGGAGCAGAACCUUCUAUGAAGAAUCAGGAAGGACAAUCACCUGUUGAUCUAGCGACAGCGGAAGAUGUGAAGUGUCUUCUUGGAGAUGCCAUGCUGUCCACACAGACCACCUCGGUGUCAACUGCCCCGGUCGCCAAGGUGCCUGCCCCGGUCACCGCCACUGCAGGUGCUGCCACCCCUGCUACUGGUCCGAUAUCCGGCAUGGCCCCCCUGUCCCAGGCUAACAGCAGUCUCCUAGCAAACAGUCCUGCAGGCCAUGGGGAUGGAGCCUUCAGUAAUCGGUCCGUAUCCGAAGCUCAAGGAGAAGCAGUUCGCAGCAUAUCGGCUGUCCACCCUGGGCUUGAUGUCGAUGUGGGUCAGUUCUUGGACGGGCUGCAGCUCAACAAUUUGAAGGAGAUCUUUGAGAGGGAGCAGAUAUCCUGGGAUGUUCUGGUGGACAUGGGGCACGAGGAAUUGAAAGAGAUUGGUAUCCACGCGUAUGGCCAUCGCCAUAAGAUCCUGAAGGCUGUCAAGGAGAAGAUCUCGGGCAUGGGGCUAGGUCUUGGCCCUUUCUCGACGUCUCAAGUACAAGGUUCUGUCAUCCAAGAGUUAUCCAUGGUAGACAAGGACUUUGCCUCUGUCGCGGAUGAGAUGCAGUCGACCAUUGUUGAGCACAGAGACAGCGGUACUGCGGGUGGCGUCUUUACAUCCUACACCAUCCUCAAGAUAGAGCGAGUGGUCAACACCAAACUUUGGGAGAAAUAUGUUUACAGGAGAAGAGAGAUUGCAGAUUCCAACCACAACCAUGCGAAUGAAAGGAUGCUUUUCCACGGUUCACCAUUCAUUAAUGCCAUCGUACAAAAAGGAUUCGAUGAGCGCCAUGCAUACAUCGGGGGCAUGUUCGGAGCAGGUAUUUAUUUCGCUGAGAACUCUUCCAAGAGUAACCAGUAUGUGUAUGGUAUCGGCGGUGGCUCUGGCUGCCCGACUCACAAAGACCGGUCCUGCUACUCGUGUGAACGGCAGCUACUCCUGUGUCGUGUGGCUCUAGGCAAGCCAUUCUACCAGUUCUCUGCCGUCAAAAUGGCGCAUGCUCCCCCCGGACACAACUCGGUUAUCGGUCGGCCAAGCUCGGGUGGGCUUUCCUUUGCCGAGUACGUCAUCUAUCGGGGAGAACAGGCUUACCCAGAAUACCUCAUCACCUACAAAAUCAACAAACCAGACACGUGACCUCGAAGAAGAACCCUAGUUUUUUUUCACUUUAUUGUACAGUGUAGAUAGUGUAAAAUAUUGACAUUAGGAUUAGAAUACAAUCAAUUAUAUACGAAUCACAAAUUAAUGCAAGCGCCAAUUUUUUUAGAAAAUGUUAUUUACUGAUGCACACGGGCGGCGGGACCAAGUUAGCUAUGUGAAGCGAGCGACUCCUUGCUAAUAGACCUGAAAUAAAUCUUGCAACAACUAA